CGCCCGGGGGGGAGGGCACUGGGGCCGCAGGUGCACCCUGCGCGCCGCGGGCCAUCUCCGGGUUGGGUACCGGUAUAAUCCGCUUCUAGCUUGUUUGGAAGCGUGGGCUCUUGGGAACGGGACUUCUGCUUGAUUCUGGUUUAGGGGCUUGAAAAAGAGAAUUGGGGUGCCUUCCCAGAGGACUGUCGCCUCCAGUUACUGGAGGGUCGAUGGGGGACUCUCUGGCCCCCUUUAUGUGGGGUAUCCCUAACAGAUAAGGAAAUGAGAUAUUUUUUGUUGUUCUUUGAUUUUUUUUUUUUUAAGCCAUCCGCAGUGAAGGAGAACUGCUUCGGGUCGAGGGGAGGAGAGAAGACGAUAAGAAGGCAUUGGAUCCCUUGGAACCGGAACAACAGGGGUUGUGAGCUGCCGGAUGGGCUCGAGGUCUUGAACCUGGGUUGGCCAGAGAACCAUCUCUUCAGCCCUGACCUUGAACUUUGAAACUUGGGAUCUUUCUGCCUUGCUUAGUUUCAGGAAGUGCACUGCUGACUGCAACGUGCUGCCGGCUCCCAGGAUGGAGGAGUGAAGUCUCGCGUCGCAGCGGUUCCAGUCCCCCGGAGCCUGCCCGCAGCCGAGUCCUCGAGAGCGCCCUGAGGGAGCAGGGUGGCCACCUGGUCCAGGAAUGUUUACCCUUGCGGAAGUUGCUUCACUUAAUGACAUUCAGCCAACUUACCGAAUCCUGAAGCCAUGGUGGGACGUGUUUAUGGAUUACCUGGCGGUCGUUAUGCUGAUGGUAGCCAUCUUCGCAGGGACCAUGCAACUUACCAAAGAUCAGGUGGUCUGUUUGCCAGUGUUGCCGUCGCCUGCAAAUUCAAAGGCGCACACACCACCCGGAAAUGCUGACGUCACCACUGAAGUCCCCAGGAUGGAAACAGCCACACACCAAGACCAAAACGGGCAGACGACGAUGACGAAUGACGUUGCCUUUGGCACAUCUGCUGUGACCCCUGACAUACCUCUCCAAGCCACCCAUCCUCACACAGAGUCCACCUUUCCCAAUCAGGAGGUGAAGAAAGAGAAGAGAGACCCAACGGGCCGAAAAACCAACUUGGAUUUUCAGCAGUACGUAUUUAUCAAUCAGAUGUGUUACCAUCUGGCCCUCCCUUGGUACUCCAAGUACUUUCCGUACCUUGCCCUUAUACACACCAUCAUCCUUAUGGUCAGUAGCAACUUUUGGUUCAAAUAUCCCAAGACGUGCUCCAAGGUGGAGCAUUUCGUUUCAAUAUUAGGAAAGUGUUUUGAAUCUCCCUGGACUACUAAGGCACUGUCGGAGACGGCCUGUGAAGAUUCUGAGGAGAACAAGCAGCGGAUAACGGGCGCCCAGACCCUGCCGAAGCACGUGUCCACCAGCAGUGACGAGGGGAGCCCCAGCGCCAGCACCCCCAUGAUCAACAAAACCGGCUUCAAGUUCUCGGCGGAGAAACCGGUGAUCGAGGUUCCCAGCAUGACCAUCCUGGACAAGAAAGACGGGGAGCAGGCCAAAGCCCUGUUUGAGAAAGUGAGGAAAUUCCGCGCCCACGUGGAAGACAGUGACUUGAUCUAUAAGCUCUAUGUGGUCCAAACACUCAUCAAAACUGCCAAGUUCAUUUUUAUCCUCUGCUACACUGCGAACUUUGUCAACGCCAUCAGCUUCGAGCACGUCUGCAAGCCAAAAGUCGAGCACCUCACGGGGUACGAGGUGUUCGAGUGCACUCACAAUAUGGCCUACAUGUUGAAAAAGCUGCUCAUCAGCUACAUCUCCAUCAUCUGCGUCUAUGGCUUCAUCUGCCUCUACACUCUCUUCUGGUUAUUCAGGAUCCCUCUGAAGGAGUACUCGUUUGAGAAAGUCCGGGAGGAAAGCAGCUUCAGCGACAUCCCGGAUGUCAAGAACGACUUUGCGUUCCUUCUGCACAUGGUUGACCAGUACGACCAGCUCUAUUCCAAGCGUUUCGGUGUGUUCUUAUCCGAAGUCAGUGAGAACAAACUGAGGGAGAUCAGCCUGAACCAUGAAUGGACUUUCGAGAAACUCAGGCAGCACGUGUCUCGCAAUGCUCAGGACAAGCAGGAGCUGCACCUGUUCAUGCUGUCCGGGGUGCCCGACGCUGUCUUUGACCUCACAGACCUGGAUGUGCUAAAACUUGAACUGAUCCCCGAAGCAAAAAUUCCUGCCAAGAUCUCUCAGAUGACUAACCUCCAAGAGCUCCACCUCUGCCACUGCCCUGCAAAGGUGGAACAGACUGCCUUUAGCUUCCUCCGAGAUCACUUGAGAUGCCUUCACGUGAAGUUCACUGAUGUGGCUGAGAUCCCCGCCUGGGUGUAUCUGCUCAAAAACCUGCGGGAGCUGUACUUAAUAGGCAAUUUGAACUCAGAGAACAAUAAGAUGAUCGGACUGGAGUCUCUGCGAGAGCUGCGGCACCUUAAGAUCCUCCACGUGAAGAGUAACCUGACCAAAGUUCCCUCCAACAUCACCGAUGUGGCUCCACACCUCACGAAGCUCGUCAUCCACAACGACGGGACCAAGCUCUUGGUCCUGAACAGCCUGAAGAAGAUGAUGAACGUGGCCGAGCUGGAGCUGCAGAACUGUGAGCUGGAGAGAAUCCCGCACGCCAUUUUCAGCCUCUCUAACCUGCAGGAGCUGGACUUAAAGUCAAACAACAUCCGGACGAUCGAGGAGAUCAUCAGCUUCCAACAUCUGAAGCGACUGACUUGCUUAAAACUGUGGCACAAUAAAAUUGUGGCCAUCCCACCCUCCAUUACCCACGUCAAGAACCUGGAGUCGCUCUACUUCUCCAACAACAAGCUCGAGUCCUUACCGGUGGCAGUGUUUAGUUUACAGAAACUCAGAUGCUUAGAUGUCAGCUAUAACAACAUUUCCACGAUCCCCAUAGAGAUAGGUUUGCUCCAGAACCUGCAGCAUUUGCACAUCACAGGGAACAAGGUGGACAUUCUGCCAAAACAGUUGUUUAAGUGCGUGAAGUUGAGGACUUUGAACCUAGGGCAGAACUGUAUCGCCUCCCUGCCUGAGAAAAUCAGUCAGCUCACCCAGCUGACUCAGCUGGAGCUGAAGGGCAACUGCCUGGACCGCCUGCCAGCCCAGCUGGGCCAGUGUCGCAUGCUCAAGAAGAGCGGGCUUGUUGUAGAAGACCAACUGUUUGACACGCUGCCACUAGAAGUCAAAGAGGCAUUGAAUCAAGAUGUCAAUGUCCCCUUUGCAAACGGGAUUUGAACUAAGCGAAUGCGGGCACACCCACAUGCGUGCGGGGACACCUCCCUAGAUUGCAGAUGCUCACGUGCAAGUUAUUACAAGAUAACGCAUUUUAGGAGUAGAUAAGCCCUUCAAACACGAUGCACAGAGGCUGGUAGCAGACGAAACCGAAUGUUCCAUGUUUGUAGCAUUUUAAGUCAUUCGUUUCCAGAUAUUUUCUUUACUUUUUGGGUAUUUUUUUGGGGGGUGGGAUUGUUUUGUUUCUUCCUCCUCCUCCUCCUCCCCCCCUCCUCCCCCUGCUCCUCCUCCUCCUCUUUCUGGGGAAAGGGAAGGAAAAAUCACAGUCACCGAUCUCAGUUCUUUUUAAAUUGUAAGUCGGAUGCGGCUGCUGGCUGAAUGUUUACACAUUGCUUGCCUGCUAAAGUAAAUGAUUAAAUUGACUUUCUUCUUACUACAUUGCAGUUUUUUGGUUUUGUUUUGUUCUUUCUUUCUUUCUUUCUUUCUUUCUUUCUUUCUUUCUUUCUUGAGGUGUCAUGAUUUAUUUUUUGCUUAACUGGUGCAAUAUUGCUUAACCUUGGAUCGUUGAAGACACAAAAGGGGCCAAACUCAUAAUCUUAGGUUUGCUAAAAUAUUGACUUCUCUACUGUUUUAACUUAAAGCAAGUGAAUGGAGCUUCCUGGAGCAUUGGAUGGUACUGUACCUCUUCGAAUCCCACAGCAGACUUCACAGUCUUGACGGCCUGGAAUGAAGUAGAGUGUGUGGUGUGUCAAGACUCUUUGAUUGUUUCUUAAAACAAAUGCUAAAAAUAAAAUAACACAUCCUUUAAUAGUCACUUUAUGUGCAUAGGCUGGAGUUUUGGUUAUACAUGGUACACUUUUGGGCCAAUAUAAUAGGAUUUCCAAUGAAUAGAAAAUGUGUUUUAAAAAUAAAUUUAUAACAAUAAAAUAAGUUUAUCUAAA